CUUCCGACAGAAGGGACUGUUUUCUAGUAAAUCGAAAAAAAGGUCUCCGCAGAACAAAAUAUGCACUUUUUCUUAGCUCGUCAAAGCACGCGUGUUACGCCAUAAAAGAUCUGUGCCAAGAAGUUUGUGUGGCUUAGCAGGAUAUAUACUCUAUCAUGAGGACUGCAGGAAGUUUGGGAUUCUUGCUACAUUCGCGAAAGCACAUCUGAACUGUUAAGACACUGUUUUCCCAAGACAGACCUGUUGCUGGGCGCUGUUACAGUCUCUGACUACACUUCAAUAAAGGCUUUAGUGCCGCAGUCCACUCGCUUCUCGCGAUUUGAAGAAAGAAACACAGUUUCCAGUGUUAAUGUAGCACACAGGAGCUGGUUAUAAACACAGGAUCGCACCUCCGGGAGGGGACAAAACUGGGACGCAGCUCCAUCAGCCCUUGAAGAUGAGCAGCUCAGUCAGUACUGACAGAGGGAUGGUGAUCAUCUCCCAGGUUUACCCCCAGGGGCAGGAUACGCUGCCUGCUUUUGCCCCACAGACACAAUCCGUGCUCCCCGCCAGUCACUUCCCCCAGAUGUCCUCGUCCCUGAAGAGGUUUCAGAAGGGAGAGCCCAAAGCUCUUGGGGUGGUCCAGAUCAUGGUUGGACAGCUCAUCCUCAUUUUAGGAGUCUUCAUGAUAUUUCAAAGGUCUUUGUCAGUGUAUACUGGCGUCCCAUUCUGGGGACCCAUGGCGUACAUCACCUCUGGUGCUUUAAGUAUUGCAGCUGAUAAAAAACUGAAGCCUUCUCUGGUCAAGGCUGCACUAUCUAUGAAUAUCGUGAGUGCAGUGGGUGCUGGCAUAUCAAUAAUCGUUAACUUUCUUCAAAUUCUUUUCGAUCAUUCCUAUUAUACAACGGAGUUUAAUUUCAAAGCCAUCACUGGAAGUGCCCUAAUUCUCUCAGUCCUGGAGUUCUGUGUUGCCAUCUCUAGUUCUGUCUACGGGUGCAAGGCUGUGUGCAACAGUGAUCCAGCGCCUGUGAUUGUGAUCCAGUACACGGCCCAACCUCAGCCUGUGACCCAGAAUGCCAGCGACACCCAAUACCAAUUAGUGUCAAACACGGAUGUGUCCAGUAUUCCCAAGAUCCCUCCCCCAGCUUAUGCGGAGUGAUGGAUAAUUCGCAGUAGCUCUGGCAGUCAGUCAAUAGCCCGUGUGUCAGUGUUAACUGAAGACACCAAAGUUUUUCAAGUCUCCCAUCAUAUUUCUCAACCAAAAUAACAAAAUAGGCCUUCAGCAGUAAGCAGCUUUCAAGCAAAAAUAAUAAUAUUUCUUCUACUAGUAUACAGGCAAUGUUCCUGCUGUUUAUGACAUUUUUUAUAGUAUUUGCCUGCAUAUGUUUCAGUGGUUGUUUUCAAUGUUUCAUCGGCAACUGCAGGAAGUCUGGUCUCUUCUCUGUUUUUUUUAAUCUCAUAACUAAAAGUAGUUCUCCCCCCAUAACGUUUAUUCAAAGUGGAGAAAGUGCAUUAUCUCUGUGUCAGUCUGGAUAGACGAAUUCUUUCGUUGGCCAAACCUGUGUAAUCAGACUCCUUUUCCUUCGUUUUUCUUGCUGUUUCUUCCCAAUCUUGUACCUUUCUUUUGUAUUUGGGGGAAAUGUAUUAUGUUAUGUUUAUAAAUAAAAAUGUCCUCACAAAAA